AUGGCGCAAGUCCAAUCCGCUUUCCGUUUUGUCCAAACGGGCGCACAGAUAGGCAAGAUUGUGCUCUCGGCUAAUCCAGACGAGCAGGUGCAUGUGGUUCCACAGCCAGUAGGUGUCACUACUAGAGCCCAACUACGAUCUGACGCUUCAUACCUUGUUGUGGGUGGUGUGGGCGGCAUUGGACGCUCAGUCGUCCAGUUUCUGGUUGCUCACGGCGCGAAGAACCUGAUUCUGCUUUCUCGAAGCGCUGGCGACCUCGACCUUGACAAGAACAAGAGCACUGAUGGCGCUCUAUUCUUGCGCGAACUGCGUGACAUGGGCUGUCGCGUGAAGCCGGUCAGCUGUGACAUUGGUCUUCCCAGCUCACUCACAAAAACUCUCAGAGCCUGCGAGAACGACGGCUUGCCACCAGUGCGCGGUGUCAUCCAAGGAGCCAUGUUGCUGCGGGACGCCAUCUUUGAGCAGAUGACCCUUGAUGACUGGCGCAGUGGACUGUCCCCUAAGCUCUACGGUACCUGGAACUUACAUACCGAAUUCUCUCAACCCGACUCGCUUGACUUCUUCAUCAUGCUCUCCUCGGUCUCGGGCGUGGUAGGCAUAGCGUCGCAAACGAACUACGCUGCAGGUGGCUCGUACGAAGACGCCAUGGCUUGCUGGCGCCAGUCUCGCGGUCUCCCCGGCGUCGCAAUCGACCUCGGCCCCAUCUCUGACAUUGGCUACGUUUCGACGUCCUCGAAAGUUGCCGAACGCCUGCGCAAGGACGGUGACUUCAUCAUGCUCGACGAAGACAUUGUCCUCCGCGCCCUUAACGCCGCCAUUACCCACCCUCUCGACUCCCGUCCCCAGAUGAUAGUCGGCCUCAACUCCUCCCCCGGUCCACAAUGGGACGCUAAUGGCCGCUCUCAACUCGGUCGAGACGCUCGCUUUCUUCCUUUGCGGCCUAUCACCAAAACGUCCUCUUCAUCGGCCGAAGGCGAAUCCUCAGGCGCAUCCCUCUCUUCCCUCCUCUCCUCGGCCGCCGACACCCAAGCCGCGGUCGAAUUUAUUGGCAGUGCCAUCGCGACGAAACUGGCCGACAUCUUCAUGAUGCCCGUGGGCGAAAUCGAUCUGGCAAAACCGCCGGCUCAUUUCGGCGUGGACAGUCUGAUUGCAGUUGAGCUGCGGAACAUGUUGGUCCUGCAGGCGGCCGCUGAUAUUUCGAUCUUCAAUAUCUUGCAGACAAGCAGUUUGGCUGCGCUCGCGGCCUUGGUGGCGGAAAAGAGCCGAUUCUUGCAGAGUUCUUGA